CGCCCGCCUCCCUGGCGAGCGGCGCCGGGCGGGCGGCGAUGGACGGGCAGCCCCCGGCGGGCCCCGCCGCGCCGCGCUGGAGGCGGCGAGCGACCCCCCGCCCGCUGCCGCUCGCCUGGAGCAAGCCGCGGCCGCAGUCGUACCAGAGCCCCAGCGGAGUGCUCGUCACCGACUUCCCCGUGGAGGACAGGUGCGCCUUCCCCGUGACUCAGCCCGCCGGCACCGGCAGCCCCGCCAUGGGAUCGGUGUCCAACGGGACCGUGCGGCCGCCGGGCUCCCCCGCGCUGUCCCCGGAGCGGCGCUCCCGGCUGCUCGCCCUGCCACCGGACAGCCCCGUCGGUUCGACCGCCAACGGCACCGUCUCCCCGCCGGGCAGCGGGCAGGGCCGCCGGCCGCGGCCGCCCAGGACAGCGGGGCUGCCCGCGCUGGCCGCGCAGCAGGAGCGGAUCGUGUUCGGAGCCAGCGCUCAGCCACCACCGUGCCCCCGGGCUGGUGAGCCCCCGGAGGAGCCGGGAGGAUCUCCCGGGCGCGGCCGGGCUGCCGGGCCGCCGGAGGAGCCGGGAGGAUCCCCUAGGAACGGCCGGGCUGCCGGGCCCCCGGAGGAGCCGGGAGGAUCCCCUAGGAACGGCCGGGCUGCCGGGCCCCCGGAGGAGCCGGGAGGGCCCCCGGAGGAGCCGGUGGUGCCCCGCGGGAGCGGAUCGCCGGCCGUGGCGGGCGCGGAGCCCCCCGCGCUGCUGAGCACGCACAGCCCCGCGGCGCGCAGGGUGGGCUCGCAGCAGCUGAUCCCCCGCAGCCUGGCCGAGAGCCGGCCCGCGGGCCGCGCCCAGGGCCACGAGCGGGGCCUCAAGGCGCGCAGCCUGGUGGAGACCCCCCGGCCGGCCCUGGGCAGCGACCCCGAGGACGAGCCCGAGGGCGGCCCGGGCGCGCUGCGGCGCGGGCUCCGCUCCACGUCCUACCGCCGGGCCGUGGUCAGCGGCGUGGACCUGGACGGCUCCGCCAACUGCAAGAAGAAGAACAGAAUGUCCCAGCCCAUCCUGAAAGCGGUGGUUGAAGAUAAGGAGAAGUUCUCGAGCCUGGGGAGGAUAAAGAAGAUGCUGAAAGGACAAGGGACGUUCGAUGGGGAAGAAAAUGCUGUAUUAUAUCAGAACUAUAAGGAAAAAGCUCUGGACAUAGAUUCUGAUGAAGAGUCUGAGCCCCAAGAGCAGAAGCUGGAUGACAAGGUUGUUUUUCACUAUAAGCCCCUGAGGUCGACGUGGAGCCAGCUCUCUGUGGUGAAGAAGAACGGCCUGUCAGAAGCCAUCAGCCAGGAGGAAAGGAAGAGACAGGAGGCAAUAUUUGAGGUGAUAUCUUCUGAGCACUCCUAUUUGCUGAGCCUGGAGAUUCUGAUCCGGAUGUUUAAAAAUUCCAGGGAACUGAGCCUCACAAUGACCAAAACAGAGAGCCACCACCUCUUCUCCAACAUCACGGAUGUUUAUGAAGCAAGCAAAAAGUUCUUUGAAGAGCUGGAGGCCAGGCACCAGAACAACAUUUUGAUCGAGGACAUCAGCGACAUCGUGGCGAGGCACGCGGGCUCCACCUUCGACCCCUACGUGAAGUACUGCACCAACGAGGUGUACCAGCAGCGCACCCUGCAGAGACUGCUAGCCACAAACCCAGCGUUUAAGGAGGUGCUGUCCCGGAUCGAGUCCCACGAGGAUUGCAGGAACCUGCCCAUGUUCUCCUUCCUCAUCCUCCCCAUGCAGAGAGUCACUCGGCUCCCCUUGCUGAUGGAUACUAUUUGCCAGAAAACUCCCAAGGAUUCAGCAAAAUAUGAGAACUGCAAGCAGGCUCUGAAGGAAGUCAGCAAGCUCGUGCGUCUGUGCAACGAGGGCGCCCGCAAGAUGGAGAGGACGGAGAUGAUGUACACCAUUAACUCCCAGCUGGAAUUCAAAAUCAAGCCGUUUCCAUUGGUUUCCUCUUCUCGGUGGUUGGUGAAAAGGGGUGAAUUAACAGCAUAUGUAGAAGACACUGGACUUUUUUCCAAAAGAACCUCUAAGCAGCAGGUGUACUUCUUCCUCUUCAAUGAUGUCCUCAUCAUCACCAAGAAGAAGAGUGAGGAGAGCUACAACGUGACCGGGUACUCGCUGCGGGAGCAGCUGCUGGUGCUGCCCUGCGACGGGGACGAGCCCGGGCCCGGCUCCUCUCCGGGCCGGAGCGCCCCGGGGAUGCUGCACCCGGGCAGGAGCGCGGCCUCCCACCUCUUCAGGCUCCUGCUGCUCAGCAACCACGCCGGGGACAGGGUGGAGAUGCUCCUGGGAGCAGACACGCAGAGUGACAGAGCCCGCUGGAUCACGGCGCUGGGCCAGGACAGCGACAGGCAGCACACGGACAGGACCACCCUGGCUCAGGUGGAGACCAUCAGGACGUACACAGCCAAGCAGGCCGAUGAGCUCUCUCUCCAAGUCGCUGAUGUGGUUUUGGUUUAUCAAAAAGUGAAUGAUGGCUGGUACGAGGGGGAGCGGCUGCGGGACGGCCAGAGGGGCUGGUUCCCCUCGGAGUGUGCCAAGGAGAUCACCUGCAGGGCCACCCUGGACAAGAACAUGGAGCGCAUGGGGCGCCUGCUGGGGCUGGAAACCAACGUGUAGCCGUGUCCUCAGCCCAGCUGGGGCUGCUCUGGGACAGGGGGCAGCAGGGCCACAGCCCAGCAGCACCUGACACUGGGGAGCCCUGCUCUGACAGCUCGGGGCUGAGCCCGGCCCCAGCAGCAGCAGCACCCUGCAGCAGUGGCCGGGCACUCCUGCAGCUCCUGCCUCGCUGCCUCCUUGUGCUCCUGCUCCUUCUGCUUUGGAGCAGCUGAAGUUGUUUUCAGCAGUGCUGGCUGUCCUGCAGCCCCAGGCCCUGUGUCACGGGCCACUUGCCUUUGUGUCAGCAGCCGUGUGCUCCCUGAGCUCCAGUGCCCAGCUCUGGCCUCUCUAAAGGCUGACCUACCUCUCCAGGGCAAGUCCAGGGCUGGCCCUGGCCUGGCACAGGCACAGCUGGCACCACCUUGUGAGGACUCUGCAGCUGCUCCUGCGUGGGGCUGCACAGACUGCUCCAGGUUCUGCCGUGGGCAGAGGAUUUCUGCAAGCUGGAUAAAGGCACCACCCUCUGCAGAGCAGGUGCUGCUGCUCCCUCCCAGCACAGGGAUUUUGCUGCAGAGUAACAGGUAUUUGGUGCUGGCACUGGGGCAGUUGUUUAUGGCUUCCUCAGCUGUCCACUGAGGUCUUGCAUCACUCAGUGCUGCAGAACAGGGGUGAUGAGAACGUGAACUGCACUCCCUGCCCUGGGAACAAAUGAGCAGAGUUCAGGGCAGGUGGCUGCAGAGAGGUGGGAGAGGAUGAUGAGAAAAGCCCUCUGUGUUAAGGACCAGCUGCUGACUCAGCAGUGUAGAAAUGAGGGGACAACUUGUACUACCAAGGCUUUCUUCUGUUGCCUUCCCCAGCCUCUGCUGGUUUUUAUGUAAGAUGCUGAUUUCAGUGGUGAGUGAACUGUUUGUAAAGAUGUGUAGCUCUAAUAAUUUAAACUACAUUAGGAAGGCAGUAAUUUUGUACAAAAAUACUUACCUGAACAGUGUGACAGUGGUUAUACAGCCUUGCAAAUUAAUUUAUAAGUGGACUGAUAGAAUAGUAAUGAGAGAAACUGUAAAUUGAACAAAGACUUAUUUAACAUAGUAAAAACACUGCUACUGUUUUAACAAAUUUCACUGUAUACAUGUGGAUGUUUAACACAUAACUGAAUGUAUAAAUCCAGGCAUUAAUUUUAUUCAGAUUUUUUUAAUGCACUGUAUAUAUUUUUCAUACCUAGUUUUUCAAAAAAUGCUGUAAUGUUUUGUAAAGACAUUUUUCAUUUUUCCUAUUGUUGGACACAGUUCUUCAGGAAUUAAAAGAAUUCUAUGAUUUUAUAGGACAACAAUCAAUAAAGUGCUUUUAAAUCCUUAC